AUGGCAGAGCCCACAGCAGCAAAAGUAACAUCGAUCUUCAUAUAUCCGAUCAAAUCAUACCAUGGAAUUUCUGUUUCUCAAGCAGCUCUCACUUCCACUGGAUUUCGCUGGGAUCGGCAAUGGUUGGUUGUGAAUUCCAAAGGCAGGGCAUACACUCAAAGGGUUGAACCAAAGCUUGCGCUAGUUGAAGUGACUCUGCCAAAUGAGGCAUUUUCUGAGAGUUUUUUUUUUUACACAUUUUCUGAGAGUUGGGAACCUACUAAAAGCUCAUAUCUGGUGAUAAAGGCCCCUGGGACGGAUGUCCUGAAGGUUUCAUUGAGUAAACCAAGUGAGAUUUCUAAUGGCGUCUCAGUAUGGGAGUGGUCGGGUUCUGCAUUCGAUGAGGGAGCUGAAGCAUCAAAAUGGUUCUCUUAUUAUCUUGGGAAACCGAGUCGGCUAGUGCGUUUCAAUGAAGGUAGUGCUCAAUCUAUUGCUGUACUCUACGCAUGCAACUUGUCAGAAACCAGGACCGUGGACCGUAAUUAUGCUCGUGGAUACAAAGUCAUGUUUUCUGACGGGUAUCCGCUCCUCCUACUAUCCCAGGGAUCAUUGGAUGCACUGAACAAGCAUCUCAAGGAUCCUUUACCAGUUAACCGUUUUAGGCCAAACAUCCUUGUUGAUGGUUGUGAACCAUUUUCUGAGGACUUGUGGAAGGAGAUGAGGAUAAACAAGUUAACAUUCCAUGGUGUCAAGCUAUGUUCCCGCAGUAAGGAAAACCUCCUCGUCUUGCGUCCAACCCGAAAACAGCAGGGGAAGGUCUACUUUGGGCAGAACUUGGUCUGCCCAGACUCCCUAAAUCAAAUGGAGGGGAAGACAAUCAAAGUAGGAGAUCCUAUUUAUGUCAUCAAGAUGGCCUCUUCCUGUACUGAUGCAGCUGCAUGA